AUGCGCUUGUUGCUGAUACUGGGUCUAAUAUCGCCGGGUCUGGCAUCACCGCUUGCCACUUCGCAAUUAGUUGCGAGGGAAGAAGCUGUUCCUCAAUGUGCUAUUGAUUGCAAACAGCAAAUACUUGCCGACUCGGUCACACAGUGCUCCACGAACAACACACCAUGUCUCUGUGCGGACAAGGUAUAUCAAGCGAAGCUUGAAGAUUGCUGGUCGGCGAAUUGCACGACACCGGAGUCAUUGACGGCGCAAUACCUCAAUUCUCGCGAAUGCGACAUUCCAAUCGUGCAACGGUAUCCUGCGGCAGAUCCGGGUACCCUCAUCCCAUUUAUAGUUGCUAGCAUCCUUUUCACGAUCAGAAUGGCUGCCAAAUCCAAGCAUCUGGGUUGCGGUUGGGGUGCUGAUGAUUAUACUAUAAUUGUGGCAUACGGACUUGCUGUCAUAAUCUAUUCUUUGAACGUAUCAAUGAUCCAAUAUGGCUUCGGAAAGAAUAUUUGGGAUAUCGUUCCGCAGGAUGAUAUUACAAAGGCUUAUAAGCGCUUCUAUGCAUUCAUCCAUGUGUACAAGGCACUGAUAUCCCUUGCGAAAAUAUCCGUUUGCCUCUUCUUGCUCCGCAUUUUCCAGACCCCAAUAUUCCGCUAUAUCACCUAUACCAUGAUCGUGGUCAAUACCGCUAUUGCAAUCUCAUGGAUACUCGUUGACAGCUUCCAUUGUAUCCCUGUCCACCUAGCCUGGACCGGAUGGGAACACGAGGAAUCCGGAAAAUGUAUCAACUUUAUCACCUCAACUUUCGUCAACGGAUUCGUCAAUAUUGCGGUGGACGUUAUCAUGGUGAUGAUGCCCAUGUGGGAAGUGUUAAAACUGACGUUGUCCUUCCGCAAAAAAUUGGGGGUCGCGGUGAUGUUUGGAAUGGGCCUGGUAUUGACGGCCGUCGGAAUCGUGCGCGUAAUUAUUCUUUCACGCAAUGACUCUACCGAAAACCCGACCUUCGAAAUGGAGCCACUCAACUACUGGUCCGUCAUUGAAUGCCAGGUCGCCAUCAUCUGUGCUUGUUUACCUGCCACUCGAGCUUUCAUUGUCCACUACAUUCCGGGAAUGCUUGGUCAAAGUGAAAAUGCUUCCUCUAGCGGAGGUGCGCACACCUCUUCGAAUCCCCGCUCAAAGACAAUAUCCGCUGUCCAUCCCGGUAAUUUGGGCUUCAUUUCCAAAACGGUGUCAUAUCGCGUCGAUAGUACUGGCAGAUCUUCACAAAGUGCUUCGGACAGUUUUGUGAAACUGGUGGAAAUUCAGUCGCAAAGGACAUGA